UCUUUCAUCGCACUAUUCUUCAUCUUCUUCUUCUUCUUCUUCGUCGUAUCUUUCGUUUCCUUGAUCAUCAAAUCAAAUCAAUGGCCGGGCGAGGAAAGUCAUUGGGAUCUGGAGCAGCAGCCAAGAAGGCAACAUCAAGGAGUAGCAAAGCCGGUUUACAGUUUCCAGUUGGUCGAAUUGCUCGUUUUUUGAAAGCCGGUAAGUACGCUGAACGUGUCGGCGCCGGAGCUCCAGUUUAUCUCGCCGCCGUCCUUGAAUAUCUUGCUGCCGAGGUUUUGGAAUUGGCUGGUAAUGCUGCUAGAGAUAACAAGAAGACUAGGAUUGUUCCAAGACAUAUUCAACUUGCAGUUAGAAAUGAUGAAGAAUUGAGUAAGCUUCUUGGUGAUGUAACUAUUGCGAAUGGUGGUGUGAUGCCCAAUAUUCAUAAUCUUCUUCUUCCUAAGAAGGCUGGUGCUGGUGGGUCUUCGAAAGCUUCUGCUGAUGUUGAUGAUGAGUGAGUGAAUGAUGAUGAUGAUGAUGAUUUGUUGAAAGGAUGAUGGAUAUUGUUUUAGUUUUUGCUUAUUAUUAGUAAUUUGAUGUUGUUUAGGGUUUCUAAUAUUUGAUUUUAGUGUUAAUACUGAUGAUUAAUGGAUAUGCUAUUUUACUAAAUUCUUAUGUUGAAGAUCUUGAUU